CCCUGGCUGGACUCCGGAGGCACCCGGCCUCUGCUGCAAGGGGUUUAGGUGUCCAGGGCAAAGGCGGGCAGCGUGGAGGGGCCAUCCUCUGUUGAUGCGCUCGGAGAGACUCGGAUUACCGCGCAGCUUGUUUACUAGGUGGGGGCCUUGGCUGUGGUCUCUGCCUACUUGGUCCUCUGGGCUCCUACCCCAGUUCCCACAAGCUCCUCUCGCAGCACCGUGGCAUUCGCACCCCUUCGCAGUCCCCUCCCGCUCAUGCCUGUGCCCAUUCUAUGUCUCCAGCCCUUUCCUCCUCCCCUGUUCCCUCCUUACACUCCUCUGUAACCCAGUUACCUUAGUCCCCAGUCCCUACCCCUGCACAGCAGAUCUUCGCUCCAGUCGCUGCCCUGAGAUGUGAAGGGACAGAAGUCUUCAAGCUUCGGCGGAGCGGAGGCGGGGUUCCCCAGCAGCAGCAUUGGCUCUCGCCGGCGGGCGGGCUCUCUUGGCGGCUGCCCCAAGAGAGAGCAGGCCUGGAGCGCCCACUCCUGAGAAGCAGCAGAGGUGAGGGGCACCCUGUUUCUGAGAUCCCAGUCUUGUACGGAAGGCUGAUGGAGCCAGGAGCAUGCGGGGCUCUUGUCUUGAGUGCUAGCAGGUUCCUUCUGGGCCUGUAGGACACUGCCCCAGUGUAGCUACCAUGGCGCACGGUUUCACGGUGGGCUCCCACCCACCGGGCUUUGGAGACCUAAGCUCCGGCUCUCUGAGCUCCCUCUCUUCCCGAGGCCACCUGGGCAGCGACUCGGGCUCUGCAAUGCGAUACCUGCUGAGGAAGCAGCAGCGGCUGCUGAAUGGGCCCCCCCGCGGAAUCCGAGCCUCCUCACCCAUGGGCCGUGUCAUCCUCAUCAACUCCCCCAUCGAAGCUAACAGUGAUGAGAGCGACAUCAUCCAUGCAGUCCGGGUGGAGAAGAGUCCAGCAGGGAGGCUGGGUUUCAGUGUGCGGGGCGGCUCUGAGCAUGGGCUGGGCAUCUUCGUCAGCAAGGUGGAGGAGGGGAGCAGUGCAGAGCAGGCUGGUCUGUGCGUAGGGGACAAGAUCACAGAGGUGAAUGGGCUGAGCCUGGAGAGCACAACCAUGGGCAGUGCCGUGAAGGUGCUGACGGGCAGCAGCCGCCUACACAUGAUGGUGAGGCGCAUGGGCCGUGUGCCGGGCAUCAAAUUCUCCAAAGAGAAGACCACAUGGGUGGAUGUGGUCAAUCGGCGGCUGGUAGUGGAGAAGUGCAGUUCGACACCAUCCCACAGCAGCUCAGAGGACGGUGUGCAGCGCAUAGUCCACCUGUACACAACCUCCGACGACUUCUGUUUGGGCUUCAACAUCCGUGGGGGCAAGGAGUUUGGCCUGGGCAUCUAUGUGUCCAAAGUGGACCAUGGUGGGCUGGCUGAGGAGAAUGGCAUCAAGGUGGGAGACCAGGUCCUGGCGGCCAAUGGUGUCAGGUUCGAUGACAUCAGCCACAGCCAGGCCGUGGAAUUGCUGAAGGGCCAAACGCACAUCAUGUUGACCAUCAAGGAGACUGGCCGGUACCCUGCCUACAAAGAGAUGGUUUCUGAGUACUGUUGGCUGGACCGACUGAGCAACGGGGUGCUGCAGCAGCUGAUGCCGGCCUCUGAGAGCAGCUCCACUACCUCCUCCUGUACCUCCAGUGCCCCAUACAGCUCCGUUGAGGGCUCAGGCUCCCUGCCCUCAGAUCGUGUGGAUGUCUGCCUGGGGCCUGAGGAGCCCAGCUGUAGGGGCCCAGACUGGGGGCGGGCAGACACAGCCAUGCAGACAGAGCCUGACGUGGGGGGCCACGUGGAGACCUGGUGCAGUGUGAGGCCCACCAUCAUCCUCAGGGACACAGCCAUCCGCUCUGAUGAACCCCCAUCUGCCCGCCGCCUUGACUCUGCACUCUCUGAGUCCCCCAAGACUGCUCUGCUGCUGGCCCUCAGCCGACCCCGGCCCCCCAUCACACGCUCUCAGAGCCACCUGACCUUGUGGGAGGAGAAGAAGCAACGGAAGAAGAAGUUGGGGACCCCUGGGGAAAAGGGGGUCCUGCAGCGAUCCAAGACACUGAUGAACCUCUUCUUCAAGGGAGGGCAGCAGGGGUGGCUGGCAGGGGAUGGGCAGAGAGAGGCCCGGACACUGGACAGUGGGAGCACGGCCAAGCCCCGCCCUCGCCUGGACUUGGAGAAAGCAGGGGGAGUGGGGCCCGUGCAGAAGUUUGUCACCUGGAGACUGAGACGCGACCGGGAGAGGGGCCGGGCCCUGCUCUCUGCUAAGUUUGGGAGUCCCUCCAGCCAACUGCCCAAGGCAGAUGAGAGGGUGCAGGCCUGGGAGAGCCGACGGCCCCUUAUCCAAGACCUGGCCCAGAGGCUGCUGACUGAUGAUGAGGUCCUGGCUGUCACCCGCCACUGCUCUCGGUAUGUGCAUGAGGGUGGCGUGGAGGACCUGGUGAGGCCUCUGCUGGCCAUUCUAGACAGGCCUGCGAAGCUGCUGCUGCUGAGGGACAUCAGGAGUGUGGUUGCCCCCACAGACCUUGGCCGCUUCGACAGCAUGGUGAUGCCCGUGGAGCUGGAGGCUUUUGAGGUGCUCAGAAGCCGAGCAGUAUGGCCUCCUGCCUUACGACCAGCCCGGCAGGACACACUGCCCAAGCGCCACCUCAUCACCCCUGUGCCUGACAGCCAUGGAGGCUUCUACCUGCUGCCUGUGAAUGGUUUCUCAGAGGAAGAAGAUGAUGGGGAACUGAGGGAGCCACUGGAGGCCCUCCAGGUCUCCCUGGGUGCCUCUGCCCCCCGCCACCCUCAUAAAGGGAUCCCGCCUCUCCCAGAUGUGCCAGUAGAUGCCUUCCCCAGACGCCGAAGCACCUGCACACCCCCUCCCGUUGCUCCCCGGCCCCUGAGGCCUAACUGGCUGCUGACAGAACCCCCGACCCCGGAGGACCCUCUGCAAAGUCAGAGGCAGGGCUGGGCCCAGAGCUGCAGUUGCAGCCGGCGCCAAGGCAGGUCCCCCGGACGAAGGCGUUCCCCAUCCCCAGCACCUACUGCCAUCCCCAGCACAGCCAAUGGGCGCUACCACAGGCCUCGGAAGAGCAGGCCCCCUCUGCCACGACCUCUAGAGGGGCAAGACGCUAAGUGGGGGGGCAGUCAAGGGCCCUUUGAGAAUGGAACUGAGGAGGCGGCCGCAAAAGCCCCUAGUGGGGAGCUGAAGACAGUUACGCUGUCCAAGAUGAAGCAGUCCUUGGGCAUCAGCAUUUCGGGGGGCAUUGAGUCCAAGGUGCAGCCCAUGGUGAAGAUAGAAAAGAUCUUCCCUGGGGGGGCUGCCUUCCUCUGUGGGGCCCUUCAGGCUGGCUUGGAGCUUGUGGCUGUGGAUGGAGAGAGCCUGGAGCAGGUGACUCACCAGCGAGCAGUAGACACCAUCCGUCGGGCUUAUCGAAACAAGGCUCGGGAGCCCAUGGAGCUUGUGGUCAGAGUCCCGGGGCCUGACCUGUUACUCUUACCAUCUGACUCAUCAUCCCCCAGUGAUCUGCGCCUUCCUACUUACCAUUCCCCUGCCCGCUGACCCCGAUGGUACUCGUUUUUUCUCAUUGGCUCCCUGAACCAAUCAUUAAUGUCCUUCCCAUCAAUACCCAGCCCCCUCCCACUGAUACCAGGACCCAGCUGAGCCCCACCUGAACCCAGUCCCCUCUCCAGCGCUCCAGACUCCUGACACUAGCCCCAUACCCUCCCCACCUAUCCUGUGAUUCUCCCACUGACCCCUAGAAUUCUCCUGCUGUCUCCUGGACCUUGCCUACUAAUCUCAGGACUCAAGAACCUCACCUUCCUGCUUGUCUAGCUGACUCCCAAAGGUCCACCGGGGGCCUCCCAUAUCCCCACUUUCUUCUCUCCACAGUUGUCACUAAGACUGCCCUUUCCAGAUAAACUUGGUAUCAAGCACAAGGUGGUAUGGGGCAGCCUGUGUCACCUGCUCACUGUCCCCAACCUCCCAAGUCAGGAAUGGAGUCAAGAAACCCAAGGUCUGCAGCCUGGGACUGGUAGGCAUGGGCACUUUCUCAUGAUACCCCUUUGAUUCCCCGAAGCACUGAGGGACAUGGACUCUCAGAUAGGGCCUUCAAAGGGUCGUUGUGUCCAUCCCUUAGCUCCAAGCAAUGUUCUGUCCAAGGGACAGGAAGGCUUUUGUAAUUUCUCAAACCCUGAGAGGCCAUUUCAUAUUGUGAUCCACUAGGACUUCAGAGUUUUUAGUGGAUUCG